UGCCCCAUCAUUGGUGUCAGUGGCAAGAAUCGUGCCCCAUCAUUAGUGUCAGUGGGAGGAAUAGUGCCCCAUCAUUGGUGUCAGUGGGAAGAAUCGUGCCCCAUCAUUGGUGUCAGUGGGAGGAAUAGUGCCCCAUCAUUGGUGUCAGUGGGAGGAAUAGUGUCCCAUCAUUGGUGUCAGUGGGGGAAGGGGAUAGUGUCCCAUCAUUGGUGUCAGUGGGAGGAAUAGUGCCCCAUCUUUGGUGUCAGUGGGAGGAAUAGUACGUCAUUGGUGUUAGUGGGGGGGAUAGUGCCCCGUCAUUGUGGUCAGUGGGGGGGGGGAUAGUGUCCCACCAUUGGUGGAAUAGUG